AUGGGGAAGGAAACAGUUUUCACAGGCAGAGCGGUUGAUAAACAUAUGAUUGUUGAAGAUCACAUCGAAAUCGAUCAGUCUUUGUUGAUUGAUACUAAUUUUCUCACUGUAAGCUCAUUGAUCAGCUCACGUGAACAUUCGGUUAUCUACAAAGGAAGGUUCAAAGGUGCUCCAGCAGCCUUAAAGAUCAUAAAACCAAUGAAUGCAUUAAAUGUGAGUCCUGAUCACAACGAUAAGAUUCUAAGGGAGAUUAUGAUGCUAUCUCGAGUGAAGCAUGAAAAUAUAGAGAAGUUUAUUGGUGCCACUGUGCAUGCAACUUUCGCAAUAGUAAUGGAGUUCAUGAAAAGUGGAUCACUUCAGAAAUAUUUGUUCAGAAUCAAACCUAAUGGCGGUUUAGAUUUGAAACUCUGUAGAAACUUUGCUUUGGAUAUUUCUAGAGCUAUGGAAUGCUUACACAGAAAUGGCAUCAUUCACAGAAACCUGAAACCAAGUAAUAUACAUUUUUGUUAG